AUGGUGAUUGCCCGGGUGCUCGGCGAAGAGCUGCAGCUGAUCGAUCGGUUGCGCGAGGGUGUGCGACUGGCGGCCUAUCUCGAUGAGCGCCGCCGGCUGACCGCCGAGGGUGAGCGGCGGGCCCUCGACUGCCUACAGAAGUUCGGCCAGCGGAUUCGCCACCUGUCGCCGGGCUGUGUGCGGGCGGUGGGCACCAACACCUUGCGCAAGGCGCGCAAGACCCGCCGUUUUUUGGAGCAUGCGCGGCUGGCCUUGGGGCAUCCGAUCGAGGUGGUUUCGGGCCAGGAAGAGGCCCGAUUGAUCUACCUCGGCGCGGCCCACAGCCUAGCCGGUGGUGAUAAUCGCCGGCUGGUGCUCGAUAUCGGUGGCGGCUCGACCGAGCUGGCCCUGGGCCAGGGCUUCGAGCCGCAGGUCACCGAAAGCCUCUACAUGGGCUGCGUCGGCUACAGCUUGAAGCACUUUCCCGAAGGCAAAAUCAAGCCUUCCUACAUGCGUCGCGCCGAGACUGCCGCCCGGCUCGAGCUGGAGCCGGUCAAGGCGGCCUUUUUUGGAGAAAGGCUGGGAGGCGACGGUGGGCACCUCGGGCACCUUGCACGCAGUGCGUCAGCUGGCGCUCGAGAACGGCUGGAGCGAACAGGUAUUACUCGCGAGUCCCUGCUGAGAUUGCGCGAGGUGGUGCUCGCGGCGCGCCACGUCGACGAGCUCGAGCUACCCGGCUUGAAACGCGAUCGAGCGCGGGUGCUGCCCGGCGGGCUGGCGAUCUUGCAGGCGGUCUUCGACACCUUCGCCAUCGAGCGCAUCGACGUGGCCUCGGGUGCAAUGCGCGAGGGCGUGCUCUACGACCUGAUCGGCCGUAUUCGCCAUGAGGACAUGCGCGAGCGGACGCAUCGCCAGCUCAACCCAGAAGCCUCCCCGCUUGUUUCUGAGCUGGGCGGCGCGUCUGCACGAGAUCGGCUUGGCGGUGGCCAUGGCGGCUAUCAAAAGCACGGCGCCUACCUGGUCGAGAACUCCGACAUGCCGGGCUUCUCACUGCAAGACCAAAGAGUGCUGUCGCUGCUGAUCCUCGGCCAUCGACGCAAGUUGCACCGCGACCUGUUCGAGGGUCGGUUGCCGUCCGGUCGUGCCGAGCGUGCUUUCCACCUCGGCCUGAUCUUCAGGCUGGCGGUGUUACUCAACCGUAGCCGAGACCCGCAGCCGCUGCCACCGGGUGCGGCGCUCGAGGCGCGCCCGCAAGAGCCUCGAAUUGCUUGCUGCCGUCGAGCUGGCUCGAAGCUCGUCCCUUGA